GCAGCUUCCUGAGAUUUGUUUCAGAUGGAAUGGCAGAUCCUGCUAGUUAUGGCAACCCUGACCGUGACAUUGAGCAGGCACUCAUUGCUCUGAAAAAAGGUACCCAGUUAAUCAAGUACAGUCGGAAGGGAAAGCCUAAGUUUUGUCCAUUCAGAGUUUCUCCAGAUGAAACCACACUGAUCUGGUACUCGAACGGAGCAGAAAGGAAUCUGAAGUUGUCUUCUGUUUCACGGAUUAUCCCUGGGCAAAGAACCCCUGUCUUUAGAAGGUAUUUGCGCCCUGAGAAGGAAUAUUUGUCAUUUUCACUUUUGUAUAAUAGCGGCGAAAGAUCUCUUGAUCUGAUCUGCAAGGACAACAUUGAGGCAGAGGUGUGGCUUUCAGGCUUGAAAGCUUUAAUCCCAACAGGUCAAAAUUGUAGUAGACGUACUCGGAGUGAUAUUUCUUAUUUAAAUGAUGGUCGUAGUGAUUUCAUUCAAAGUGGGCGUGCAUCUGGUGCAAGUCUAGAGUUCACUCCUAAUAUUCCCCGCAACAGUAGGGUCUCCAUUGAUUUUAGUUGUAGUGAAACUUCUUUAUAUUUACCGAGCUCAGAUGUGGGGUCUGAACGUGCAAUUAUGCAAGUAAGAACAAGCACUGGAGAUGGUUUCCGAAUUAGUGUCUCAAGCACUCCUAGUUGUUCAAGUCAAGGCUCUGGACCAGAUGACAUAGAAUCAUUGGGUGAUGUUUAUGUCUGGGGAGAAGUUUGGUCUGAUGGAGUUGCAACUGAUGUAUCUGGGACUCCAAUUGCUACCAAAAUUGAUGUACUGACUCCUAAGCCCUUGGAAUCAAAUGUUGUUCUUGAUGUUCACCAAAUUGCUUGUGGCGUCCGACAUGUUGCUCUUGUUACCAGGCAAGGUGAGGUUUUCACCUGGGGGGAGGAAUCUGGAGGCAGACUCGGUCAUGGGAUCGAAAAAGACUUCAGUCGCCCUCGUCUUGUUGAAUUUCUGGCAGUUACUAAUGUGGAUCUUGUUGCAUGUGGUGAAUAUCAUACAUGUGUUGUAUCUACAUCUGGUGAUUUAUAUACCUGGGGUGAUGGUAGCCAUAAUGUUGGACUUCUUGGCCAUGGCAGUGAUGUUAGCCACUGGAUACCAAAAAGAGUUUCGGGUCCUUUGGAAGGACUUCAAGUUUUUUCUGUUGCAUGUGGCACAUGGCAUUCAGCAUUGUCAACUUCCAGUGGAAAGUUAUUUACAUUUGGUGACGGAACAUUCGGUGCUUUAGGCCAUGGUGACCGAGAAAGUGUUCCAUAUCCCAGGGAAGUGCAAUCAUUGAGCGGACUAAAGACUAUAAAGGUUGCAUGUGGAGUAUGGCACACUGCAGCUAUUGUGGAGUUAACAGACCAGUCUGGUGUCACUAUUUCGUCAAGAAAAUUGUUCACUUGGGGUGAUGGUGAUAAAAAUCGACUAGGUCAUGGAAACAAGGACACUUGUCUGCUUCCAACACUUGUCUCUGCACUUAAUGACUACAACUUCCAUCAGCUAGCUUGUGGACACAACAUUACAGUUGGCCUUACUACAUCUGGUCAUGCCUUCACCAUGGGCAGUACUUCAUAUGGUCAGCUGGGCAAUCCACAGUCGGAUGGGAAGUUACCUUGCCUAGUACAAGACACAUUGGUGGGUGAGUUUGUUGAAGAAAUAGCAUGUGGUGCGUAUCAUGUUGCUGUCCUGACCUCAAGAAGUGAAUUAUUCACUUGGGGUAGAGGUGACAAUGGAAGAUUGGGACACGGAGACACAGAAGAUCGGGCCACUCCAACUUUGGUUGAAGCACUAAAAGAUAGGCAUGUGAAAAAUAUAGCAUGCGGCUCAAACUACACUACAAGUAUAUGUAUUCAUAAGUGGGUCUCCGGCUCUGAUCAAUCUGUUUGUUCUGGUUGUCGACAAGCAUUUGGUUUCACUAGAAAGAGACACAACUGCUACAACUGUGGAUUGGUGCAUUGCCAUGCUUGCAGUUCCAGAAAAACAUUGAAAGCAGCAUUGGCUCCAACUCCAGGGAAACCACAUCGUGUCUGUGACUCUUGUUAUGUGAAACUCAAAAAGGCUGCUGGUAACACCUCGGCUUUUAGUAGGAAAGUCACUGCCCCUCGUCGUUCCAUAGACAGUAGUACUAGGUUAGACAGAGGAGAGGCAAGGACAUCUAGAAUUCUGCUAUCACCCACAACUGAACCAAUCAAGUACCUUGAGGUGAAGUCUGCAAAGCCUGGGACCAAAUCUGAUUCUUAUUCCAUAGUGCGAGCUUCCCAAGUUCCAUUGCUUUUACAACUUAAAGACAUUGCAUUUCCCAGUUCACUUAGUGCUCUUCAAUCUGCUUUGAAGCCUGUUAUAACAACACCUCAGCCGCAGCUUGAGUCUCAUCCUCCACAACAGCUCCAGCCUCUUCCUCAGCCUUCAUCCUCUUCAAGACCUGCUUCACCAUACUCGAGGAGACCGAGCCCCCCACGGUCUACCACUCCUGUAUUUUCUAGGGGUAUCAUUGAUAGUCUCAAAAAGACAAAUGAGCUUUUGAAUCAAGAAGUUUCCAGACUACAAAACCAAGUUAAAACUUUAAAGCAGAAAAGUGAAGUCCAAGAUACAGAGAUUCAAAAAUUACUGAAAAAUGCUCAAGAGGCUGCUUCUUUGGCUGCUGAUGAAUCUUGCAAGUGUACUAUUGCUAGAGAAAUCGUCAAAUCCAUCACAGCUCAGUUGAACGAAAUAGCAGAGAAGCUGCCUCCUGAGAUUUCUGAAAGUGACACCUUUAAAGCUAUCCAUGCUCGCGUUGAAACUUUUCUGACUACCAAUGUAACUCAAAUAUCUGAAGAUCAUUCUUCUUUGCUACCAGAGUUGGUCAGAGGCCAACAAAAUGUGCCUCAUAAAGCUUGUUCAGUCAAUAAAUUUGCUGACAGGAUGGAGGAUCAUGUGGACACUCUAGGUACUCCACCAAACAGUAAUGGAUCCUCUGUUUCUGGCUCAAGAGAAGCUGCCCCUCAACACACAGAAAAUGACUCAACAUCACCUAAAGUUGCAAAUAGUGAGAGACAAAAAGAAGUAAUUGAACAAUUUGAACCUGGUGUGUAUGUAACUCUCAUACAACUUGAAGAUGGAACCAAGAUCUUCAAGCGAGUGAAAUUCAGCAAGCGAAGGUUUGCAGCACAGCAGGCAGAAGAAUGGUGGAAGGAUAACAAAGAUAGGCUGCUUAAAAAGUACAGCACAACCAAGCUAACCAGCACUCCACCUGGACCAUCUGGGACUCCGCUACGUGCUGAGGAAAAUAAUGAAGAAGCACCAUCUUCUUAGAACUAGUUUGUUAGUUUAGACCCUUCAAAUGCAGGAAUUUCAGUACAUAGGGAGAAUGACCGUCUCUGUGAUGACAAUCUUGUAGAGCCAAAAUAUUUGUUUUUCGAAUGGAACUGACUUCGUUUGAGAUGGAUAAAACAAAAGGAUUCUUUCUCCACAUUCACUUUGAAUGUGAAGUACAACAAGAUCGAGUUUUUAUGACCAGAGGCAGAACAAGUAACCUGUAGCUUUUUUAUUCAGUUGGUUCUGUUUUCUUGAGUACUGUAGUAUUCUCGGCA